AUGGGGGCCGACGCCCCGCCCGCGGCCCGCCCGCCGCGGGGCCUCCGCCUGGCGGCCGCGGCCUCGGCGGCGGGCCCCGCCUUCUCGCUCGCGCCCGGGGGCCCGGCGCCCGCCGGGGCGGUCGCGCCGGCGCCCGCGCCUUGGGCCGCCGCCGUGGACCCGCACGUGUACGAGGCUCAGGCGCCCGCGCCCGGGGCCGCCGCCGUGGACCCGUACGUGUACGAGGCGGUGCUGGGCGCGACGCAGGAGGAGUUUGCUGCGAUCGGCGGCGGCGCCGCCUUCCAGGCGCAGGAGUGGCGGCAGGAGCUGAGGGAGACCGCCCGGCGCCAGCGCGAGCUGGGCGACGAGGCCCUGGCGCGAGUGGCGCGGCAGGAGUCGCUGGCCACGCGGCGCGAGGCGGCGGGCAUGUCGUCGCGCGAGCUGCUGGCGGCGCGGCAGAUGAGCGAGGCCGUGCAGGACGCGCGCGCCCGGGCGAUGCCCGCCGCCGUGGACGAGUCGGCCCGCGAGUGGGCCAGCAACCUCUCCUGGAGCGCGGCCGCGCGGGCCAUGGAGCCCGCCGUGCAGGCCGCGCGCGAGGAGGCGCGCAGCGCCUCGGAGCUGCAGCGGCGCGCGGCCCACCAGGCGCAGACGGCGGCGCUGCUCACGGGGAACCUCACUGGGCUCGCCGAAGCCGUACAGGGCGCGCAGGCAGCGAUGGAUCGCCUCGUCUUCGGGUUCCUCGCGAACUACUCGGGCGCGGUGGACGCCGCGGCGCAGCGGCUGGCCCGCCUGUCGGACGCGUCGGUGGGUGCCGCGGAGUUGGCCUACCGCACGGCGCUCGAGGCGCGGGAGACGGCGCGCGCCUCGUUAGACAGGUCCAGGGCGGCAGAGCAGUCCGCGCUGGAGGCGCUGGCGCGGUCUCGCGCCAACGCCGGGAGGAUCGCCAGGCUCAAGAAUCGCAUGGCUGCGGUCCUCGCGGACGAGCAGGUGGAACGCUCUCUCAAGGUGCCGCGCGGCCAUGGCGCCGUGUCGCCCGAGGACUCGUGA